AUGAGCACAGCUAAAGAAACUCAUGCUGAGCGAACAGCUCAUGAGCCACGGGAUCCGUCUCUAUACUUCCUCAACAUAGCCUCCAUCACCCUCAUCACCCCGUCCAUCCGCCUCUUCCGUCUCGCCCUCCCUCCAUCCAAUACCCUCUCAUUUCUCCCCGGCCAAUGGAUCGACCUCUACGUCCCUCCCUCCGACCAUAUCCUCUUCAACAAACCCGGUGGCUUCACCAUUACCUCGUCCCCUUCCCACGCAGCUGUUGCUUCCACUCCAGAAGACUACAUCCUCCAGUCUGGUGCCAAUGACAAUGAACCCAUGAAACCGUAUAAAUACAUCGAACUAGCAAUUCAACACGCCCCAGACAACCCCGUCGCAGUGUACCUCUUCCGUCCUGUCUCACAGCUCCUCAACACAGAAGUGACUGUCCGCGUAGGAGGGAGCUUUGUCUUCCCCCCUGCUGGGGACAUUCCCUUCAAAAUAGUGGUAUUUGUCGCCUCGGGGAUGGGAAUUAAUCCGUUAAUAAGUAUGAUGAGCUGGCUUGGAGAGCAGGGCAAAGACUCAAGGUGGAGAGGGUUGGAGGUGAGGGUUUUGUAUGGGGCUAGGGUGUCGAGGGAUGCGUGGUCCCAAGAGGCUGUCGGCGCCGAAAUGGCUCUUAGGCCAGCAAAUAGCCUCCUCGACCCCUGCAAAAUCCCUUUUCUUCCUCGUAUAGCAAAGCUCUUUUCGUCUGGCAAGCUGCAGGGACAAGUCACUCUUUUCUUAACCGGCCUCAACUCUGCCAGCAACCCAACUGGGGAUGUCAUCCCCUGUGAAAACUUGGAAAUAGCCUACCUUCGGCGGCGUAUGACACUCACUGAUGUCCAAGCAGCCAUUGGCGAAAAAAAGGGUCAGGAUAACUCCGUCGUUUAUGUCUGUGGUGUGCCAGUCAUGACAGACGAGUUCGUUGGUCGGUUAGCCGCGCCAGAGCCGGAAGGCUUUGGAAUGGACAAGCGAAGGGUUUUGUUUGAGAAAUGGUGGUGA